UGAGAGAGGUGGGAAGCGGAGUGUCGAAAUAUCAAGAGAAACGUAUUCACACAUCGGAAAAAUCGGAAAAGGGAUCAAAAUGAGCAGUCAAUGUGUGAACACAUCUGACGGGUCCGAAUGUAAAAGUAAAACGCCAACUUUGCUCUCCUCUUACUGUAUAGACAGUAUUUUGGGAAGGAGGAACCCGUGUAAAGAGAGGUUGUCAGGGACACAAAGUUUUCCAACACUGCCCAGCAAAACGGAGCACAACGUAACUUCUGAAGCCUCUGCUAAAGAUAGCUUUUGUUUUGGCUCGGAGAUGCACCUACCACCUAAACUGCGCCGGCUGUACAGCCACGAAGGGAAGUUUUUGGACGCCGACAGGAGCUUUCACGAGUUUGGUGGCAAAGUAGAUCGGAGGAGGCCACCUGACAAAACCCCUGAAAGCAUUAAAAUUACCCAGGCGCCACAGGUAAGUAUCAGCCGCAGUAAAUCCUAUAGGGAGAACGCCUCUUUCACCCAGAACGCGGGAGACAAGAGCCCUGAGCGCGAAUCAGAGAAACGCAUAGAACUAGGCGAACUGAAGGUCGAGGUCGACGCAAUGAAAAAGGAGGUGUGUAGGGAAGCGGAUCUGACUCUGAAGACUGAAGAAGGACUACAUGUCAAUGGGGAUUUAAAAGAUGGAGAGGACAGCUUGUGCAGUGACUCGGAGGAGGGGAUGCUAAAACGCAAACAGAGAAGAUACAGAACUACUUUCACCAGUUACCAGCUGGAGGAGCUCGAAAGGGCUUUCCAGAAGACACACUAUCCAGACGUGUUCACCAGAGAAGAGCUGGCGAUGCAAUUAGACCUCACAGAAGCACGAGUACAAGUCUGGUUCCAGAACCGAAGGGCUAAGUGGAGGAAGCGUGAGAAGGCAGGGGUGCAGACACAUCCCCCUGUUCUGCCAUUUCCCAGCCCUCUGAUAGCAGCUCACCCACUAAACCACUAUCUGGAAGGUGGCCCAUGUCCCUCCCACCCCCAUCCUGCCCUGGAGUCUGCCUGGACUGCUGCUGCUGCCUCCCUCCAGGCUCUCCCAUCGUCCCCCCCUGGCUCCACUACCCCUCUUGGACUUGGCAGCUUUCUGGGUGCAGCCAUGUUCAGACAUCCUGCCUUCAUGAGCCCCAACUUCAGCAGACUGUUCUCCAGCAUGGGACCCCUAACCAGUGCUUCCACAGCGGCCGUGCUCCUGCGACAGUCUGCCCCUCUAGCGGAGGGUCCAAUCCAAGCACCCGCCUUGCUGGACCCCUCCUCCACAUCUGCUGAUCGCCGGGCCUCAAGCAUCGCGGCUCUGAGGCUCAAAGCGAAAGAACAUUCUGCCCAGAUUACCCAACUCAACAUCCUACCCCCCAAUGGGUCUGGGAAGGAGGUGUGCUAACCCCUUCCCUCCCAGAGGCAAUGAGCAUGACCAAAGCUGAAGAGGACUGGCAACUGAAAAGCUUGAGUCAAUCAUAAUCUAGUGUUCCUUAAAAAUUUCUCCUCCAGUCCC